AUGCACCAAAUCAUCGGGCAAGUCGCGACCGCCGAAGCCGCGCAUGCGAAAGCCGAACUGGGAUCCGUGCGCGCAACGACUCUAGCGGCGAUUGAAGACUUCUUCCAACGUGCGAGCCUGGCAGCGAGCCCCGACAACACCCCGACCGGGGCCGACCCAUCAAGCACGACCGUCAACCGAGGGGAGGCCCCGGCUAGAGACGCCGGGGGGCUGCAUCCAAUUUUUUUCAACAUGAUGUCAAGCUCCAAGUCUCUCCUCGACUCCAAGAUCCAAGACGCCGAUCUGUCCUUCGCCCUGUCCCUCGCAACGAAGGCGCUCAAAGCCGAAGCCGCCGCCGCCAAGAAGGCCGCCGCCCAAGCCAUGGAAGUCGACACGCCGACCGACGUUCUCGUCGGUGACUUGGUCAAACGCGAGAUUGCCAAGUCCACGGCCGCGCUGCGCAAGGAAGUGAAUCAACUCCGUGCGGCGAUAAACGUCAAGGCGGGCCGUCAAGGGCAAGCGACCCCCGCCAAGAACAAGCCCAAGUCCAAGCCAACGGCCGCCGCUGGCGCAAAAGCCGCCGAUCAACCGCGCGCCAAAAGCUCCAAGCCACCAAGGAACGCGAACGCCAAGCCACGCGACGCCGCGAACACAAAGUCCAAGGCCGCCAAGACCAAGAAACCUUCGAAGAAGCAGUAG